UGGAAAUCUGAUUAUCAGAUACCUUUGAUUGGAUGAAAAUCCAGUUCUCUAUGGAUUUAUCGUCAUUCCGUGAAUAGAAUUCUGAAUAUGGCGGAGAGGAGUGACCUCGCUUUAGGUGGCAGCACCGACGCCCAGACAGUUGACAGCAGCGACACAGUCACCAACGUCCCUCUCGAGACGCAGACUACUACGUCCACGUCGGUCGCGUCGUCUGUAUCAUCUUCUGUGCCGCGCACUAGUCGUCUAAACAUGGGCCUACCAACACCCACUUCUCCGUCUAGCGACGCGUUGCCACGGCCCCAUCGCCACGUACAGCGCUCCACGUCAGACACAGAGGUGGAGAGACGCACUCCUUAUGAUCCUGCGCUUCGGGGCUUCGUGGGACGCAGAAACAGCGCAUCAUUCGACCCCGAGAACGACCCCGAGGACGCAGAGCUGCUACGACAGAGGCUACUGGCCGCGACAUUAAGCACACCCGUUAGCGGGGACGCUGUGAGCUCGAGACUAUUGCAGGCUCUGCCUCAGCUGACCAUCGGCCAGUUCUUACAGGAUUUAAACAGUCAGACGCCACCAUGGAGGGGCUUCGCAGCAGGGAGACAGGAAUCCGACGAGAAUGCAGCCCAAGUGGACGAAACAGGGAGACUGCUGCCUCCUGAGGGACAAAGAGAGGGCUCUCCACCCAGAACUCGACGGAGAUUAAGCUCCGAGUCGUCCAUGUACAGCAUGUCAACCAGUGGAGAUUUCGAACGUAGUGAUAGUAAUGCGGCACAAUCAGGGGAUACAUCGGAAACUACUACUCCUACGCGGCCCACUGCACGCGCAGGGAGGACGAGACGGAACUCGGAGGAAGAAGGAGAGGACCAGACGGCGCUGGACGAACUGCAGGCUCUUUUCCGACGCUGCCACAACUCGCUCCCAUUUGUGGCACUUUUCCUCAUUUAUUUUGCGUAUCAACAUGCGACUGGCAUUUUAGUGUUCGUUGUCGGCACAGUGGCGGUGAUGGGACUUGAUCAGCGCAUGCGAGCGCAGGUCGCGCUAAAGGACAAGGCCAAUAGUUGGCAUCUUCUUGGGAUUGUAGCCAUGUGCGCGAUUGACAUGGUAGCGAUAUGCUCGGUGGAUGGCCAGCCGAAUCCUUUGCAUCAUUUCUCCCAGAUACUCCACUCGACAACGACUCAGGGUAGUGGCAGUGAUACUGGACUUCUCUCGACGGGAGGAAUCUUCUGGCAGGUGCUGUGGACGGUACUUGUUAACGGUAUGUGCUGUGUCAAUCAUGCUGCAGUUAACGGAGUGUCUAAAUUCUUAUUUGUUGGUUGCAGACUUCCUAAUUCGGCUAUGGAGUAUCGUCGUGAAGGCGUUUGUAGCUGGUGCCAAGUCGGAUCGAUUCCACUGCGACAGGAAAUAUAGAGAUGAAAUUCAGACGAAUGAGGAUCAGUCUUCAUCAGCCAUAGCGAUAGACGAAGAAGGCGACAGUACUACGGUGGAAACGCCACUUACGCAGCGCGUAGUUUCGACCGUUGCCUUCUAUCGGAGAAAGCGGAAAUUGUAUGGGCUCAUUGAGAUGUGCUCAAUCUUCCUCCGAUCGCUGCUUGCUAGCAUCCCAUGGUGCAGUUUUUACCAGCUCUGUGCCUCCAAGUUCAUGGCCGACGUAUUUACCUUUGCUUACGUCUUUAUCAAGGGUUUGAUUCUCGCAACUCAAGGCCGUCGUAUCUUCAUCCUCGCACGCUCCUUCGUUACGUUGGGACUCGAGUUCGGUGUAUACGUCACUCACGACGAACUAGUGGAAGCGGGAUCUCCGGACUGCUCGAUCUGCUACGAGACUAUGCGUCAGCCAGUCAAGCUCGCGUGCUCGCACAUGUUCUGUGAAGAAUGUGUGACAGAGUGGUUCGACCACGAACGUUCGUGCCCUUUAUGCCGAGCCAGUGUGGGAUCAGGGCCGUCCGCAGAAGAAAACAUCAAGCCCCAGUUUUUGGAUGGUCGUACGAGUCUCGUGCCGCAGCUCCUGUAGACCAAAUCUUACGACCAAAUUCUGCUAUUUCUCACCUAUUAAUCCCAUCAACUUAGAUGCAGGUAAUGGUGACUGUGCCGGGUGCUGAAAGCUGCCCCAAUGUGAACGGCCUCGCCAAAGUUCCUUCAAGAACCGCCCACUCCCUCAAACUAUCACGAGGUGAGUCCAUCGUCGAAUCAAGCACAGAGGCUUCAGUUCCAUCCGUAGCAAACGAUGGAGACCUUGGCGUCAACUCGAUGACCUUGAACUGCAUGCAGACCUGGACUUCCACCUGGAACAUUCCUUUAGCAAUAUCACUGGUGAUCCGCAUCUGAACGGGUCGAGCAUCUUGGGAAACUGGACAAAUAGACACGUGUUCUUGUUGACAGAAGAAGCUGAUGGCGUCGUAGAUGUCACCGCCACUUUGAGUUCGAGAACUGCCUUGUAGCACUCGCUCGACAAACGCAAGAGCUCGAGCCUCGCAGUUCUUGGCAAAGCGAUGUGCUGGUGACGAUGGUUGGUGUGUAGCUCCAGGAAUUCGGUACUGUGACGUGGUUGCUUGCUCGAAAGUCAACACUUUGUUGACCAUAUACUUGACCACCUCUGACACGCUGUCAGAUUCCACGUUGUAGUCUUCGAAAGGGUUGGCAGCACUGAAGAGAUGACCAUCCAAGAGCACUUUAUCACGAUCGAGAUCUUUGACAAUCUGAAUCAUACUCAAAUUGGCACUUGCUCGACGUUGCAGAGGCUGAUCAAGUCGAUUGCGAAGCCAACUGAGUGAGACGGAAACCGGGAAAUGACGUUCCAGAUUCUCCCGGUAUCGUUCUAAGCAUUACACAAGUGAGAUACUGGUGCACGCACAGCUACAAGCACGUGAAUGUAAAGAGCGUACCGAUGGUCGGAGCUUCCCGAAGAGCGCGUUCAAGUCGAUGGAGAUGAUAUCUGCACACUCGAUCCAGCGCCCAGACCCACUCGUCGACUUGUGUUUCAGCGUCCAUGUCUGUCUUGAUCUCUCCAGCUCCAGCAGUUGGUACUUCGAAGAUGAACGAUUCGUACGGCACAGGCGCUCUCGUGGGGAAUAAGCUCUCAGUAUCGUUAGAGCCACUCAUCUGCGUUUUAUAAGGUACGAGCAGUUGAAAGCGGUGGAAGAUCUUUGCUCUUGGCAACUCGCCAUCAUCCGCUAUUUCUUCAUUGCCUGGCGAUUUGGGAACAAGUCUCCUGACUUGACAGCCUUGCAGCCGGAUAACUCUGGUGGUUGGUUCUACUUGAAAUGCAUCCGAGAUCAUUCCCAUUAAUGAUGCAGUAGACGGCAGCGCAAACCUCGACGAUGGAGGAUUUGGAGGAGCGCUGGCGGUUGGUUGACGGACAGGAGUCAUCUCAAAUUUGCUCUGGUCUUCUGAUAACGAACACUGCAUCAGUUGGGCAGUUGGUCUUGCGCCAAAAAGGGCUUUAACUGCUGUGCUGCCGCCUACUACGCCUGGAUCGCUUGUCGGGGACGAAGCUAGCAAGACCAAACGUCCACUUUUAAGGUGUUUGCUAGGUUCGAGCUUCUCAGCGCUCAUAGCCUUGAGGGUGUUUCCCAACUCAACGUACAAUACAUCCAUGCCUGCUUCACUGAUCUGGUUCUCUCGUCCC